GCCGGGCCGGGCCGGGCCGGGCGCGGCGCGGGGCUGGCGGCGGGAGUCACUCGCGGCUCGCUCGGGCUCGGCGGCGGAGUUUGCGCCGGGCGCGGAGCGGGAGCCGCGGGCGGCGGCAGGUCCCGCCGCGCGGAGCCCCCAGAGGAAGCGGCCGCCGCGGAGAGGGGCCGCGCGGAGCGGGCGCCGCCCCGCCGAGAGCCGCGCGCGGCCGCCGGGGAAAGUUUGGCCGCCCGGCCGCCCGCCGCGGCGCGGGGCGCGGCGAUGGGCGCGACGAUGGCGGGCGCGGGCGCCCCGGCGGAGCGGCCCCGCGGGGCGCUGUGCCUGGGGCUGCUGCUGCUCGUCCUGCUGCGCUGCGGCUCGGCGCAGCCGCCCGGCCCCUGCCCGGCCCCGUGCGAGUGCUCUGAGGCGGCCGAGACGGUGAAGUGCGCGAACGGGAACCUGACGGAGGUGCCGCCCGACCUGCCGCCCUCCGUGCGCCGCCUCUCCCUCAGCGGCACCCGCCUGGGUCGCCUGCCGGCCGGCGCCCUCGCCGCACCGCGCCUUGCCCAGCUGCGCGCCCUCGACCUCAGCCGCAGCCACCUGCUGGCCGUGGAGGCCGGCGCCCUCGCCGCCCUGCCGGGCCUGCGGCAGCUGGACCUCAGCGGCAACCCGCUGGCGUCGCUCAGCCCGCGGGCCUUCGGCGAGGCCGGCAGCCCGCUGGAGGAGCUGGCCCUGCGCGGCGCCCUGCGCGGCCACGGCGUCCUCCGCAGCCUCGCGGCGCUGCUGCAGGCCGGGGCGCUGCGCAACCUGAGCCGCCUGGAGCUGGCCGACAACGGGCUGCUGCUGCUGCCCGCCGGCAUGUUCGCCUCCCUGCCUGGCCUGCGGUACUUGGACCUCAGCAACAACUCCCUAGUGGACCUGCGAAACGUGUCCUUCCGGGGCCUGCGCCGGCUGCAGAGCCUCGACCUCAGCGACAACUCGCUGAGCGUCCUGAGGAACGGCACCCUGGCCCAGUUUCGCAGCCUGCCCGCCCUCCGGAGGAUCGGCCUCGGCCGCAAUGCCUGGGUCUGCGACUGCGCCAUCGAGGACUUGGUGAGCUGGCUCAAGGAGAGCGACCAGGUGGAGGGCAAAGAAGCCUUGAAGUGCUCCUACCCCGAGAAGAUGCUGGGCAAAGCCUUGCUGAAGAUCAACAGCUCGGACCUGAACUGCUCAGUGCCCUUAGACCUGCCCUCCCAGCUACAGACUUCAUACGUCUUCUUAGGGAUAGUCUUGGCUCUCAUCGGGGCCAUUUUUCUCCUGGUUUUGUAUUUGAACCGAAAAGGAAUCAAAAAGUGGAUGCACAACAUCAGAGAUGCGUGCAGAGAUCACAUGGAGGGAUAUCACUACAGAUACGAGAUCAACGCAGACCCCAGGUUAACAAACCUCAGCUCCAAUUCAGAUGUCUGACAAAAUGCCAUGGAAGCAGGGCAAUGCACAAAAGCUAUGCAUGAAAAGUAGACUUAAGCUUUACGCUUAUGCUUGCAUCCCUCUCCCCAGAGCGAUCACAGAUGUGUUUGUAACAUGAGGGUAAUAUGCCUCCAUAUGAUGUAAAGUUCGUUACUGUUUUCUUUUAUGUUGAGACACUGAGCAGUUGUGCGUUGUGUUGCACUGUACAUAAGAAAUAAGCUGCUACUUCUCUUCCUCCUUACGUAUUUUCAUUGAAACUUGCUGCCAGUACUUGUUGGAAAAGUUUUCAGUCUCAAAAGAUAAAAGGAUUUUCUCUCUCUCUCUCUCUCUCUCUCUCUCUCUCUCUCUUCUGCUCUAAAGCCACCAGAGUUUAUAGACUGAUACAGAUACCAUUCAACAAAAGCUGCCUCAACUUUUUUGGGAAAAAAACAUUACGUUCAUCAGUACCAGUUUUGGUCCUGUAUAUCCUAACUGCGAAGACAACGAUUCUAUUUCAUAGACUGCCUUCAGAUUUAAAAAAAAAAAAAAAAAAAAAAAGGGAAACUAAACUUUUCUGUUAGAAGGAAAUAAAAUAGCAUGCACAAAUACAUUAUAGUUUUACAUGUUAGGAAACUUACAAUCUCAGUAAGUCUCUUAUUGUUUUGUAAAGUUAUUUUUGAUUGCAGCUUAAGUGAAAAGAGUGGUUUUUAUAUAAACUGCAUCCAAACUCAGUUUGAACUGUUAAAUUCAACAGUCUUACAAGAACUGUUGUGUUGAAGUUUGCUGCUUAAUGAAAUAUGUAUGGAUAUCUGAUGUGAAUAGCUCUACAGUCUCUAAGUAAUAGCCCUACAGUAGUAAUUUGAAUUAAAAAAAUUAUACAAGUCUAUAGCUUACAGACACGAAUAUUUGAGUUUUGUGAAACACACUAUAAGAAUUACAUCGAUUGACAAUGAGAGUACAGUUUCACUUAGCACAAAGCCCCCUGUCAGCGCUCUCAAAACUUCAACAGAAAUGCUAGUCAACCUUAUAAAAAAAAAUUACAAACUAAUUGAAUUUACUAGUCUACUCUACCAAACUUUUAAAAAUUCAAAUUUAAUUGUUGAGUUCAUAAUAUAGAAAAUUAUAUCUAAAUAGAAUUAUUUAUUACAAAAUGCAUACUUUCAGGGCUUGAAUUAAAUUAAAUGCAGCUCAGUCCUGUAGUCAGAGAGUUUCAGACUUGUAAAGGGAUACAGAAUUUGGCUGAUUAAAUUAAGUACUCACUGUUUCAUAUAAAGCUCUUGGUGCUUGUGCCAUUUUGUAGCGAUGUACAUUGAAUAAUAGUGUAAUUUUACAUUUAUCUUAAAACUACUGGCAAGUCUGUUUAGGUAUUAUAUAUGCACUCAUGCCUGCUACUUGUUUGAGAAUGCAUUUUUGUUUAAGUGUAGGAAGCAUGUAAAAUACUUCAAAGAUGCAUCAUUUAGUAUGUAAUUCUGAAGACAUACUGAAAGGUUAGUGAGGACCUUCCAACGGCCACCAAUAAUUAAUGCAUAUUUCUCUAAUAUGUUUAUAGAUUCUUGAAGAAAAAAUACAUACCAAUUUAUAUUACACUUCUGUAUUUACUGUAUCAGUUUAUCAGUGGUGCUCUCUCUGUGAGUGCUGUUACUUGAAGCUCUUCAGCACUUUAUAAUUUCAUGAAUUAUCAGCUAAUUUCCUUCACUUCUAAGAGUGACUGUUUUCUCAUAGGUGUAUUCCUUUGGUAAGAGCUCAUAAGUAUAAAAUAGUUAUUUAAGUAUCAGAAGAAAUAAUUUAAAUUAGUAAUUUGGGCAUCAAGAUUAUUCAAAUGCAUUUUUCUCUUAACUUCCUUAUAACUUCAGGCAUUGUCAAAACAAGUAGCACAUGUUGGUUCAGACUAGUUUUCUAUUGCUUUAAAUUGGCUUUAUUUAAUAGCAGUGCUUAUUUUUAAUGUAUUUUUGUACAUCCACUUUCAAAAGUUUAAAAAAGUACAAAUCAAUAUUUUGAUAAAUCAGUAUAUUUUACAAUUAAUGUAAGCUAAUUUCUCCUGUUAUAAUUUAAAUGUAUGAGCAAUAUCCAGAUAACAGCAUAUGAAUUUAAGUUUGUGGAUUCUUGAGAAAACAAUUUGCUGGCCUGAAUGUUAGCUGCACAUAUUUUAAGAAUAGUAUAAGCUCCAGUAUGAAUAACUAUUAAUGAGCAACUAUGCAAACUGUUCAUAUUUAGUAUACAUAAAAUAGUUUCUGUACCAAGAUAGAAUUUGCAGUAGCUAUAUAAUGUGCUGUGAUGUAUUGGUCAUUUUGUAGAAUUAUCAGCUCACAUUUAUUUAUACAGUGCCAAGAAAAGUGGAGCCUCAUCCUUGCUAAAGAUGCUUCUGUAAUACAGUACGUAAAAUAUGUACAAGCUAAGCCAUUUCUUGGACAAUUUCUUGAUUUGUGUUAAUAGAUACUUUUAAGUAAAUACGGUGAGACCUAUCAUCCAUAAUGUAUUAUGCAAUGGACGUCAUUUACAGAACUGUGUAAGGACAGGCAACGACAUCAGUCAUAGUCUAUCACCAACGAACUCAGUAAAUUAGUAUUUGUAUAGUGAGCAAGUGUAACAAUUGUACUACACCCAUUAUUCUAAAGAUUAUCAUUUUUUUGUAUAAUAAAAGUCAUUGUAAUAGAAUUUUAUUAGAGACCUGGUGACCACUACUUUAAAAUAAUUUCUGCCAUUUGCUUACCUGUGUAUUUAUAAGGGUGUGACAAUUAGCAUGUGUCAGUAUUGUGUUAGAUAAUGUUCACCUAUGGUGUUUGACCAACAGUGAAUGCUUUGGUGUUUUGUACAAUGCAUUUGAUCCUAAAUUGCCUUCUAUAAACAAUGCUUGGAAUUCGUCUUCCUUUCCUACUAUGGAAUAGUUACAGUAAUACACAGAAGACAUUUAAAAAGUAGCUCUAAAAGUGCUUCAGAAUUUGGUAAAAAAAGUAUACAUUUAAAAUAUCUUAGUGUAAGACUUCUUCUGAAGCAUACUUUAUAACCUUAUUCUGCUUUGACACCUAAAAUUUCAUUUGAUUACUAUUUCCAGAGCAGCUUAAUUAACAAGGCUGUUUUAUUCAUUCAAUCUUCAAUAAAAUGCAUGCAGUACUAAA